AUGGGAUAUUAACAUCGUACGAGAUAACGUUGAAUAUUUCUAAAUAGCUUACCUGCUUCCUUAGGUUACAAGGUUACGGACCUUCUUACACCAGAGGUCCGUCCAACAAUUCGUCAUCCUGGCACACCGGAAUUAUACCCAUACCCAUACGUAGAUCUCUUCUUAUAAACAGCGCGAGCAUGGAAUCCUUCACAAUCCGGACGCCGUGUUCAUCGGCCAAUAUCGGACCCGGUUUCGAUGUUAUCGGUCUAGCAUUGUCCAUUUAUCUUGAGUUGCGCGUAACCAUUGACCGCACCAAGUCUUCAUCUCAAGAGCCGCUUAACUGCCGUAUCACCUAUGAAGGUCAAGGCGAAGGUUCCGACGAUGUGCCGCUCGAUCCAUCCGCAAAUCUCAUUACCCGUGUUGCGCUAUAUGUCUUACGAUGCCAUAAUCAGCGGGCGUUCCCGGUUGAGACUCAUGUGCACAUCGUCAACCCUAUUCCAUUGGGUCGUGGUCUUGGUUCCUCAGGUGCUGCCGUCGUUGCUGGUGUAAUGCUAGGCAAAGAAGUCGGAGGCUUGCAUCAUCUCACUGAUGAUCGGCUUUUUGACUUUUGCCUCAUGAUCGAGCGCCAUCCUGACAACGUCGGUGCUGCCCUGUUUGGUGGAUUUGUAGGUACAUACCUAAAGCCGUUGACACCUGAGGAUGUCGCUCGUGUCGAGAUUCCGUUGAGUGAAGUACUCCCGGCGCCAGCAGGCGGUGUUGAUACCGGCGAGCGACCGCCGGAACCACCAUACGGUAUUGGUCACCACAUUAAAUUCCCAUGGGCCAAGGAAAUCAAGGCUGUCGCCAUCGUGCCUAAUUUCCAAGUACCUACAGCCAAGGCACGAGAGGUACUUCCAAAAGAGUACCCGCGGCAGGACGUUACAUUCAACCUCCAACGAAUAGCGUUGCUACCUGUUGCAUUAGGACAAUCGCCCCCGGAUCCUGACCUAAUCUAUCUCGCCAUGCAAGAUAAGCUACACCAGCCAUACAGGCAGACAUUGAUCCCUGGGCUAAGCGAGAUCGUUGAGUCCAUGUCGCCAAGCUCCCAGGAAGGUCUACUGGGAGUUUGCCUGUCGGGUGCCGGGCCUACGAUUCUAGCGUUGGCUACCAGCAACUUCGAACAGAUUGCCGAGAAGAUUAUAAGCAGAUUCACCAAGGAAAAUAUCGAUUGCCAAUGGCUAGUCCUGGAGCCCGCCGAGGGAACCAAAGUUAUCCGCUCGUGAGGGCCGAACUGAUCGACACGUGAACUUCUAGCUUAAUACUCGUGUCACGGCGCGUCAUGAUACCAUAGAUUAACGAACGGCGGAGAUUGACUCAGAAUCUUGGAGGAUAUCUCAAAAUUUAAGCUUAUCUUAACCGAAACACCAGCGGUAGCUUAGGAGAACUUGGAAUUCUAGAUGGAGGUGUGCGGCUAAAAAUAGAUAAUAUACCUCCACCGUUGACCCACGGUUAUUGUUGUAUUAGUUGUAUAAAUGCCCGAUUCUUGGCUAUCCUUUGUAGGUUGC